AGGAGGAGAGAGGCUGUAUUCUGGAGAAGGGCCGGGCCGCCAUUAUUGGGAAGCUGUAAAAAAAUACACUUACACACUGUCAUACAUUUGGACAGUCUGGGAAGUGAUACUCAUAGGAAACACAACAUUUAGGGUUGCUAUUAUUAAAUGAGCACUGCGCAUCACAUAACACGGCAUAUUCUGUGUACGCGUAUGGGCAGACGUGUAUAUUGGACACAACAAAGGAAAUAACAAUUGGUCAAAACAACGUGGUGAACCAAGAGGCAAACACAACGACUCAAGCCUUUCUAACGCCCCCUCUUUCCUAACGCGAACAUUCAGCGGACAAGAAACUGAAGUUCUACUGCAUUUCUCCGAGAUAAUUUAGAUAAUUGUGUUGUGUGCAAAUGGAAGAGGAGGAACUAGACAUGCAGAUGGUACCGAAAACUUAAUACUCUACUUGUGAAAAUUGAGACUUGAUUUCAGGGGAAAGAAAUAUACCAAGUGUCCAAAAGGGAAAUAUAUAGAUUUAUGUGACUGUUAGAGGAGUAGAAUUUCCCCUCUUUCCUAAUCAUAUUCUCGAGACGUUGGGAUUGCUGUUUUUGCGAGUUGCGACGGAGGACAUUGGAGAGAAAGGAGUGAACGAGAGAAGAGGGAGGAAUGCUAUGAGUCGGACCCAAGGCCAGUAAGAAUCUUUGCAUGGAAAGACCGUCCUGCAGCCUCCUCCCUAGAGCUUGUGGGCAUGGCAGGAUGAGUGUCUGCGUUCGACGAUGAUGGCAAAAAAGCAAGAUGCAAAGGCGCCCACCUACAACCUGGUCGUGGUGGGCCUGUCCGGCACAGAGAAAGAGAAGGGGCAGUGUGGUGUGGGCAAGUCCUGCCUGUGCAACCGCUUCGUCCGUCCCAGCGCAGACGACUUUUACCUGGACCACACCUCCGUGCUAAGCACCAGCGACUUCGGAGGACGCGUGGUGAACAAUGACCACUUCCUGUUCUGGGGGGAAACGGGGCGGGUGCUGGAGGAGGGGCCGGAGUGCAGGAUGCAUGUGGUGGAACAGACAGAGUUCAUUGAUGACCAGACGUUCCAGCCGCACCGUUCCACAGCCCUCCAGCCCUACAUCAAGAGGGCAGCUUCCAACAAGCUGGCCUCGGCAGAAAAGCUGAUGUACUUCUGCACAGACCAGCUUGGGCUGGAGCAGGACUUUGAGCAGAAGCAGAUGCCUGAGGGGAAGCUGAUGGUGGAUGGCUUCCUCCUCUGUGUGGACGUCAGCAGGGGCAUGAACCGCAACUUUGACGAACAGAUGAAGUUCAUCACUAAUCUCUACAACCAGCUAGCCAAGAACAAGAAGCCAGUGGUUCUGGUGCUCACCAAGUGCGAUGAGGGGGUGGAGCGCUACAUCAAGGACUCGCACACCUUUGCCCUGGCCAAGAAGAACCUCCAGGUGGUGGAGACGUCAGCACGCUCCAACGUCAACGUAGACCUGGCCUUCCUCACCCUGGUGCAGCUGAUAGACAAGGGCCGGGGCAAACCCAAGAUCAUCCCCUACUUUGAGGCCCUGAAGCAGCAGAGCCAGCAGAUCGCCUCGGCUAAAGACCACUACGAAUGGCAGGUCAGCCGCAUCGUGAAGAACCACAAUGAGACGUGGCCCAACAUAAACCGGCGCAUGCAGACCUCCCCAGAGUACAAGGAGUAUGUCUUCCUGGAGGGCACGGCCAAAGCCAAGAAGCUCUUCCAGCAGCACGUCCACAGGCUCAAACAGGAGCACAUUGAGCGAAGGCGGAAGGUCUAUCUCAGCACCCUGCCUCAGGCACUGGUUUCCCUAGUCCCUGAGCUGGAUGAAAUCGACCACCUGAGCUGGUCCGGGGUCCAGAAGGUUCUGGAGACCAAGCGGGACUUCUCCCAAUGGUUCGUUGUGUUGGACGACACCCCCUGGGAGACCACGCCACACAUAGACAACAUGGAGGACGAGAGGAUUCCAGAGGAUCUCCUGGAGACCCCUGUGGCCGAGACGAUUUAUGAGAGCCACCUGGAGCACUUGAGAAACGAGCGCAAAAAGGCGGAGAUGAGGUGGGAGUUCAAGGAGAAGCUCAGUGCCUCUCCCUUUAUCACAGCAGGCAAGCCCUGGGAGGAGGCACGCAGCUUCAUCAUGAAUGAAGACUUCUACCAGUGGCUCGAGGAACAAGAGUACCUAGACAUCUACAACAGACACCAGAAGGAGAUCAUCGACCGAGCCAAGGAGGACUUCCAGGAGCUGCUGCUGGAGUACUCAGAGCUCUUCUAUGAGCUGGAGGUAGACGCCAAGCCCAGUAAGGAGAAGAUGGGGGCCAUCCAGGAGGUGUUGGGGGAGGAGCAGAGGUUCAAGGCCCUGCAGAAGUUACAGGCAGAGAGGGACGCUUUGGUUCUCAAGCAUAUCCACUUUGUCUACCACCCCACCAAGGAGACCUGCCCAAAUAGCCCCCACUGUGUGGACUGUAAGAUCGAACAGGUUCUAGCCUCCAAGUUCCCCACACGAUACUCCUUCUUUGAUAGCCAUAAACCGGGUGACGGGAAUGCAGAUCGGAUUAACCUGGUCAUUCUGGGUAAAGACGGCCUGGGUAGAGAACUGGCCAAUGAGAUCAGGGCUUUGUGCACUAAUGACGACCGGUACGUGCUGGAUGGGAAAAUGUAUGAGUUGUCCCUCCGGCCCAUAGAGGGCAACGUUCGGCUGCCGGUCAAUUCCUUCCACACGCCUACCUUCACCCCCCAUGGCGUCCUGUGUCUCUACAACUCUAAGGAGUCACUAUCCUACAUUGUGGAGAGCAUUGAAAAGCUCAGAGAGUCCACGCUAGGCCGAAGGGAAAACAGUCUAUUUCAGCUGCCCAUGAACCUGCUCCUAGUCACCAAACGGGGAGUAGGGUCCGUCAGGGACAUUGGGGGGGAGACUGCCCACACACUUAUCCUCCAGGGGCAGCAGGUGGCUGGGAAGCUACAGUGUGGUUAUCUAGACCCCGCCUCCCCUGGGGUGGGCUAUGGACGCAAUGUGAACGAAAAGCAGAUCAACCAGGUGUUAAAAGGUCUGUUAGAAUGCCGUAGGCCCCCUGGGAGCAUAGGCAGCAGCUCCCCUCCUUUACCCCCUUCCUUCAGAGACUCUCACUCCCAGCCCAUCCCCGAGACAGACCUGCGGAUAGUCAUGUGCCUGAUGUGUGGGGACGAUUAUGACGUGGAGCAGCUCCUCUCGCCUCUCCUGCUACCCCAGCACUGUCGGCCGGCCUCCAGCCUGAGCAGUGGCACGUCCGUGCUCCUAGAGCUCACGGUGGGGGCUCAGAGGCACACCAUAGACCUCUCCCUGCUCUCCUUCCACUCCUCAUUUGCCCUACGGAAGAGCCGGCUGGUGCACGGCUACAUCGCCGUGUAUUCGGCCAGGCGCAAGGCAUCCAUGGAGACCUUGUGUGCGUUCCUGUGCGAGGUGCAGGACAUCAUCCCCGUGCAGCUGCUGGCGGUGGGGGAGAGUCAGGCUGAGCUGUCGGACUCUGAAGUGGCCAGGGAGCAGGUGAGCCAGGGGGAGGAGCUGGCCCGGGAGAUCGAGGCCAGGUUUAACACAGUAGUGUGUGGGCCUGGAGGGGUGGUGGGAGGCCUGCACAGGAUAGACCUCUUCCAGCCCUUCCUGAAGGAGGUUGUGGAGAAACGCACCAUAGUGGAGGCCACACACAUGUACGAUAAUGUAGCAGAGGCCUGCACCACUGAGAGCAUGAGCCCGGCCCGCUGCAAUUCCCCCAGCCCCAUCAACACCCUGCUAGACUCUGAGGAGGAUGUGGAGCCCUCGCCCCCCUACCCCGAUGGUACACCCACCUCCCACCUGGGGGGUUUCAAGCUCCCUGACCUGGAGUCCAGCGACGCCUUCUCAGUCAUCUCCGAGAUCAGCACCUUCGAGAGCAAGCUCAACAACAAGGUGCCCCCGCAGGUACGGCCCAAGCCCCCUGUACGGAAAGUCAACCUGGGGCCCUACAUGGACCAGCAAGGGACCAACCGCCGCUCUUUACCGCCUGCUGUCACCUGGGCGCCGGGCAGCGACGGUGGCUACGACCCCUCGGACUACGCCGAACCCGUGGAUGCCGUGAUCAAACAGCGGCCCACGGAGGAGGAGAGCAUCUACUCGGUGCCCCACGACAGCACUCAGGGCAAGAUCAUAACCAUCCGCAACGCCAACAAGCAUUCUAACGGCGGGGGCAAUGGCUCGGAUAGCGAGGCUGACAGCAGCUCCCUGGAGCGGAGGCGGAAGAUGUCUGCUCUGGGGGUGAAGCCGCGGCUGUACCGCGACCGCUCGAAACGCCUGGGCAAGUUCAGCAGCUUCCGCACUAGCUUCUCUAUCGGCAGUGACGACGAGCUGGGGCCACCCAAGGCACCAGAGGAGCUGGGCGGGGCGCACAAGGGGGACAACUCUAUUAACGAGGAGGGUGAGGACCCCAAGAGGAGGAACAUCCUCAGGAGCCUGCGCAGAAACACCAAGAAACCGCGGCCCAAGCCCAGGCACUCUGUAUCCAAAGUAGAAAGCAACUACUUUGGCGUGCCAUUGGCCAACGUGGUGACACCUGACCGACCCAUCCCGCUCUUCAUCGACAAGUGCAUCCGAUAUAUUGAGGCAACAGGUAUCACUACUGAAGGGAUCUACAGGGUGAGUGGGAACAAGUCAGAAAUGGAGAGCAUGCAGAGGCAGUUUGACCAGGACCAUAACCUGGACCUGGUGGAGAAGGACUUCACCAUCAACACGGUGGCCGGGGCCAUGAAGGCCUUCUUCUCUGAGCUUCCUGAACCCCUGGUGCCCUACAGCCAUCAGAUUGAACUGGUGGAGGCCUUCAAGCUCAACGACAGGGAUCAGCGGGUUCACGCCAUGAAGGACAUCCUGCGCCGUUUCCCCAGGGAAAACUAUGACGUCUUCAAAUACGUCAUCAAUCACUUGAACAAGGUGAGCCAGAAUAACCGUUUGAACCUGAUGACCAGUGAGAACCUGUCCAUCUGUUUCUGGCCCACUCUGAUGCGGCCCGACUUCACCACCAUGGACGCCCUGACGGCCACGCGGACCUACCAGACAAUCAUCGAGUCCUUCAUCCACCAGUGUGCUUUCUUCUUCUACAAUCAGCCCCUGUCUGACACCCCAAGCGGGCACGCCUCCCCCACCGCCACCCUCUCCUCCCACGGGGGAACCUCGGCCUACUCCUCCUUGGCCUACAGCUCUCCGUCCCUCACACCCUCCCCGGCCCCUUAUGUUAUGCCCGCCACACCGCCCGUCAUCCCCCACUACGGGCCGCCCCAUACCCAGAUGUCCCCGCCACACACCCCCCAGUCCCCCAUCCAGGCCCUGCUGCCCCCUGCACCCCCAUCACCCCCCACGGAACAACACAUGCUGUGAGCCAGGGAUGGAAGGAAAUAAAGAGAUUAGCGGGGGGGGAGAUGCAAAGAGUUUGAGAUUCAGAGGGAGGUAUGAGCGGGGGUGGAGAACGUUAGGAGAGUGAGUUUUAGGGACAGGGAGAGAAGAUGAGCAGGUGAGUGAGAUGCAGUACAUAUAGGGAAAAACUGUUGGGAGAGGGGGUUAUCCAACCCCCAUUGCGUUUAAAGAUAUACACACACACAUGACUCAGGGGGGGGUGGGAAAGAGAAACUUUUGAGCCACAAGAGCCACGACUUGUCCUCCCAUACCACUGUAGUCUCUUGACUCUUCUCUCUUCUCUACCACUUCUUCUGCCCCCUUCUCCACUGCCUUAGAGAGUACCUCCCCCUCCAACACACACUCUGCUGCCCUCCCACUGGAGCCUCGCCCGGGACACCCCUGUGUCGCCAGCCCGUGUCAUUUGGGCUCAGUGAGGGAGUAACACCCAGGGAAACACCAAGUGUCAUAUCCCUCCCCGAACAUUUUUAAAAAACUGCAGAACUUCUGACCGUAGCUAGGCAGGGUAUCUUUGGGGAAGUGUGGGAAGAACAUGAACUAUAUGGACCUUCUAGCUGGACUCUAAAACCACUCCCCAGUGCCCCACCUUCCUCACCUCACCACCACUCACCGCGAUGGGGCUGUGGAUUUCCAGCGACUGCCCUGUCACCCCCAGGUUGAUCCUGGGUCAAUGUGGAGGGAGGACCUAACCAGUAGCUUCUCAGCGUUUAUUUGACCAUUGUUACCAGGAAAUGGACUAGAGGCAGGCUUCGCCUCUCCCACAUGGACUAGCUUCCACUUCAAUAGACUCAUUCCUAAACCCCCACCUCCUCCGCUUCAGUGUCCAUUACAACCAGCGAUAACGCCAAGAACAAAAGUCUCAACUGACUGGAUCUGCAGGGAGGCUGGAGCACGGAACUUUGGGUGCUCUCACACCCUCGGCAUCUUGGGAGACCUCCUCCGUUCCUUUCUGUCUUCUCUGACCCCAUGCCCCCGAGCCUCCAGGCAACGCUGGAAGACUGUUGUUUUUCCUUUGAUUAAAGAGGAUAUCUUUACUCCCAUUUCUUUCCGGAUGUUUAAUGUUGUUCCACCCUUCCUUUCUCUUUCCCCCCUAUGCUUCCAUUUAGAUUGUCAAACUGUGGAUCAGUUUUGGAGAGUGUUCCUGUUGAUGACUGACCGAUCAGAAUGCACCUCUCACACAGCAAGUCCCUCCUGUCAGAUGUCCAUGCUCACUUCUCAUUGGCCCUUCUGCUUUCUGUGAAGGGCGGGAAUAACUGGCAGGGAGAAUUAGGAUAGAUGAGGAAGGGGUGGGAUUCAGGGAUGCACUUUAUGGGACUCUGGACUCUGAAAAGCAUCUAGGGCUCUUCGACACGGAAUGCAGAGAGGAACAGCCAUAACGAUUCCCUUAAGGAUCCCAGGAGGCAUUGGGAAGUGGUGGCAGGGAAUUCCCUCUUCCUCCUGUUACCCAUGAGGGGUUUGGAAGCCUGGAGAGACAUGGGAGCAUGUGUGUGUGUGUGUGUGUGUGUGUGUGUGUGUGUGUGUGUGUGUGUGUGUGUGUGUGUGUGUGUGUGUGUGUGUGUGUGUGUGUGUGUGUGUGUGUGUGUGUGUGUGUGUGUGUGUGUGUGUGUGCGCGCGUGCGUGCACAUGCUUCUAAUAUGGUAGAGAGCGGGAGAAUCAUUAGUGUAGAGCUCUCUGAAGUUUAUUGAGAUUGAGAGAGUGCAGAGCACUUUUGGGAGUCUCUUUAGUGAGAAGUGCGACAACACUUUCUCACCAUGUCUAAUGCGUUGUGAAGUCAUGGAGCCACCUCUCUGAGAACACACCAUUGCCAUCUGGUGGACAACAUAGUUACUGCAGCUAUGACCUCACCCACCACUGCAUGGGCGGGACACUAUCCCCCCCUCCUUGUGUGUAACAGAUCUUUCUACAUGCACAAUCCCCCAUAUUUAUCUGUUGAAUAUCAAGUCAAAUGGACAUAUUGAGCCCAAUAGGAAUUCUUUGUAUAUAACAUGGAUGGAGAGUCUAUACGAUGAAAGCCAUUUGAACUGCAUUGAGAUUAGUCUGUGGGUGAUCAUAUCUGUUGUGUUGCUAGGCAGCCAGCACUUUGAUACAGAUAUAUACUCUCCAGAGUGCGGUGUUGAGGAAGUGUAUGACAGCAUAGAUGUUCGUGUCAGCUGUCCAUGAUGCAUACAGUCCAGUGACUAGUCUAGUGUCCAGCUGUGCAACUGCUAGUUGGCAGUACUUGGUGAUGUGUAGUCAUGUGUUUUUGUACUGAGGCUGGCUCGGGAUAGCUAAUCACAUCCAUUCAGCUGAGUGUGACAGGGAUGCACACGAAGGAAAGGAGAUGAGGAAGCAAGUUUAGAGUAUUGAAACGCAGCCAUUGGUGUUGAUAGUCCCUCAGUGCCAUCCUAUGUUUAUUGGGAUCCCACUUCCUGGUUGGCACCGCUUGGUAUCCCUGCCCCCUUUUGACACGGCUCCGUUCCCUGGUCCAGAGAGACUCUCCGGGAUGGAGCAGAACAGACAGUCUAUUCAUCUGUGUUGAUGACUGCGGAAUUCCAUGGUUCUGUCUGUGGUUGUCAUAGAAACCUGUUUGAUCGUUAGUGUGUGUGUGUGUGUGUGUGUGUGUGUGUGUGUGUGUGUGUGUGUGUGUGUGUGUGUGUGUGUGUGUGUGUGUGUGUGUGUGUGUGUGUGUGUGUGUGUGUGUGUGUGUGUGUGUGUGUGUGUGUGUGUGUGUGUCCGCACACAUUAGAAAGAGUGAAACCAAGGUCAUGUAAUUUGUUUCAUUUUGACCCUCGGCUUUACACACUCAUGCCUGUCUCCACGUCUCUCCAGUUCCCAUCGUCUUGACUGACAGGCCUCCCUGCCAAUCACUGAAGUUAUACCCUGACGACGACCCAAUGAUCUCCCGUCAGUAUACACAGUAUACACAACCUAUAUGACAUGUUGGUGUGUCUGUGUUAAGGACUGAUGUCAUUUGAGCUGUCAGUAGUAGCCAGACGUCAGUGUAACUCGACCCUAAACAAAGACCACGUGGCUUACAGUGGAGACUGCAUUUCUCCUCACGGUCAUUACCCCCACUUAAUGUGACCUGGAGCUGAACACAGUUAUCCCCUUAGCUAGCUGUAGGUUCACUUUUCACAGAUGGAGAGUGAGAGAGGGAGAGAGACCGAGAGCGAGAGAGAUGUGAAUGGGAUCAUUAUUUGGGAGAUGGAGGGGGGGGGGACUUUGGUACUUUUGAAUGCCGGUCAGUGGCAUUCCCUGUGUAUAUCAAUGUGUUAAUACUGAACAGACUGUGAGGCAGCCAAAGACUGUGCAAAAAAAGGGUGGGGGAGAGAGGAGGCAAAGCGACAAAUGGAGGCUAAAAAAACAAUGGUAAUUAAAAAUGUGACGUUUGUUCUGCGAUCUUGUGGCUCCGUCGCUUUUCUUUUCUUCUAUUCUUUGCAACAAUGGUGACAGGUGGUCUGUUAAGUUAAAAAUGAGAAACAAGCAAACUAUAUUCAAAUGGUUGUUUAUCUGUAUGUUAGGGGGUCUAACACUUUGCCCUUUAGUCAAUGGUGAUAGAAUUGUUUUUCUUUUUUUCUUUUAAUAAUAAAAAUAAAUAAAAAAUAAACGUUUUUUUAAAACAAUUUUGUGAAUGGUGAAGAGACCAGCCCAGUAUAGUGCAUGAUUUUUUGCCCAGGCAAGGGAGGGGGCUCGACCACUCUCAGUAUUUAAAGACAAGAAGAUUAAAAAAAUGAAAUGAUGGAGAAAAAAAUUUAACCUGUAAAAAAGAUUGGAGAGAAAAAAGUACAAAAAUAAACAGAAAAAAUGCUGUCAUUA